CCCGGGUUGCCUGUCGCUGGGUAAUGGUCUUCCAUCAAAUACUACUGCAAUCCCAGUGUUGUUUGCGUUCUUGGCUAUCAUUGAAGCUGCAAAGCUCAGAUUCGUUCAGUCUGUGAUCAUAUUUUCAAUUUCGUGGUGAAGAAAAAAUAUGGAACAUUCGUCGGCGGCUAUCAAUGCUAUAAUUGUUGUACCGACAAUGUGAAGGAUAUCAGAUAUAUAGUACAUACAUAAAUGCAUGUCAAUAUAUCAUCAAUGUAUAUAGAAAAUACCAGCCGAUGACAAACAUAGUUGGGGCAUGAUGAUUAAUCAAAACUUCUUACUUCCGAAACCGUCCGAAGCACACUUCGACUUGAAAUAACUUCAAUUCAUCGACAAUUUGUUUUCGAAACACGUACUGCUUGGAUUUUUAGAAAAUGCAUGCGAAUGCAGCUUCUGAUCGAGGUGGCGGAGGCGGCUCCUGGAGACUGCCACCCGAUGAAACUUUACAGGUGCAGGAUCCCAAACAGAAAGAUCAAGAUCUCGAUCUGGAUGAGGGACAUAACUGGCGCAGCAUUAUCUUCUCCUUACUAGUUAUUAGUUUUGUAAUAGCUGGUAUAAUAACUGCUAUCUAUUUAUUGGGAUAUGUGGAUGAACUCUUGUAUUGGUCGGGACGCCGCAUGAUACUCGACGAAUAUUUACAGGGCGAACUGACGCCGACUAGAUUGCAGCCCUCUUGGGUGACAACGAAAAAAUACGUAUUUCAAUCGGAUGAUGGGGGACUUUCCGUUUUGGAUACGACGACGAACUCAAUAAAUAUUUUAGUAACAAACCACACGAUUCGUCAACUGAAUGUACGCGGAUAUCAUUGCACACACGACCUUAAAUAUGUCCUCUUCAGGCAUAAUGUAAAAAAAAUUUUUCAGAAAUCGUUUACUGCGUUUUACACAAUCUAUGAUGUAGAUAAUGAUCAUCACAUGCCAGUCAAGUUAAAAGACUCAUCGAAGGUACAAAGAACGCGUCUUCAAUAUGCCGCCUGGCUGGGGAAUACAACGUCAAUCAUUAUUGUUGCUGACAAUGAUAUAUUUGUACGACAAUCGCCCUCAAUGGAGGAGGACAUCAGGAUUACAACGACGGGCCACGAUAACAAUAUAUACAAUGGUGUGCCAGAUUGGCUCUACCAGGAGGAAAUUUUUGAUAUGCCGGAAGCAAUUUGGUCGUCCACGGAUGGAAGUCACUUCAUGUUUGCCUUAUUUAAUGAUACUCAUGUCGGGGUGAUGACAUAUCCAUGGUUAUCAUCUGGAGCCAUUAUCGCUGGUAGCGGUAUGACAUCGGGUAGCUCAUUUCCCGAAACGAAAAAUGUUCGAUACCCAACGCCAGGCACUGCCAAUCCAGAAGUCCAGUUAUGGAUAGUUGAUAUUACAAAUUUUAUGUCUAUAGUUAAAAUGGAAUUGAGACCACCCCCCUCUCUCAUUGGACAAGAUUAUUACCUAACUUCAGCGAGUUGGGUCUCCGGUAGCAAUCAUCAAGUCUCUGUAGUUUUUAUGGUACGAUCUCAAAAUUAUAGUAUAAUCGCGACAUGCUCAAAAGAUCAAAAUUGGACAUGUACAGAAAUUCAUUCUGAACGCGCUCCGGAGGAUGAAUGGCUAGACAUCUUUCCACAUCCCGUUUUUGCACCUGAUGGCAAUAGUUUUCUACUGCUAGCCAGUGUUCAAGAAUCAGGCAACGAUCAUUUUACCCACAUUAAACAUAUAACCAUUUCGCAGCAAAGGAUUUCAGUAAUUUCUCAUGGUCGUUAUGAGGUACUGAAAAUACUCUGUUGGGAUACAGCGAAUCAUGUAGUGUACUAUCUGGCCACACAGGAUAAAAAGCCAGGCCAAAGACAUCUAUAUUCGGUUAAGGAUCCCGUUCAUGACGAUACUAGAAAAAGUGAACCGCAGUGCAUUACUUGCGACUUGGGCGAAGCUCUUUGGAGUAGUAGAUAUUAUUAUGUGAACUGUUCACAUUUUGACGCCUUCAUCACACCCACAACUGGGAUUGCGACGAACUAUGGAAUUGAUUUCUACAUACUUGAGUGUCAGGGUCCCGGAUUACCAGUCUCGGGAGUGCAUAUGCAGAAGACUCACAGCCUAGUCAAGAUCUUAUACGAUACACGUCCUUUCUACACCGAAAGGCUGCAGAAACUUGCAUUACCGAUUCAGCGAUCCUUUGAAAUUCCCUUGCCCCAUGGCAGUCGAGCUCAAGUUCAGCUGCUUUUGCCACCUAGCUGGCGUGAAGAACUCAGGGAUGCAGCAUUUCCUGUAGUCGUUGAAGUUAAUGGACGUCCAGGCUCGGAGUCCGUUUCCGAGAAAUUUCGCAUAGAUUGGGGUACUUAUAUGUCGUCCCGCAAUGAUGUUAUCUAUGUACGUCUGGAUGUCCGAGGAGCAAAAGGUCAAAGCAAAAAGGCCUUAUAUCGUCAUUUGGGAGGUGCAGAAGUACAGGAUCAAAUAUCUGUAUUAAGAUAUCUAUUGGAUACCAUAAGUUUUUUAGAUGAAACUAGAGUUGGCAUUUGGGGCUGGGGAUAUGGAGGCUAUGUGACUUCCAUGGUUCUGGGCACCCAACAGGAUGUCUUUAAAUGCGGCAUAUCCAUUUCACCAAUUGCUGACUGGCUUUAUUACAACUCUGCAUUCACUGAACGCAUCUUGGGCUUGCCGGCUGAGAAUUAUAAGGGAUAUGUGGAAGCGGAUGCAACGCAACGAGCUCGUCUUAUCAAAUCAAACUCCUUUUUCCUAAUUCACGGUCUAGCUGAUUCAACGGCACCCUAUGUGCAUGGUGUACAGCUAGCCAAGUCCUUGACAGAAGCUAAUAUAUUAUAUCGAUAUCAGACUUAUGCUGAUGAAGGCCAUGAUCUCAAUGGAGUGCUGGAGCACGUCUACUCAUCUAUGGAACACUACUUUGCGGAGUGCUUGAGCUUGGAUCCGGAUGAUACCAAGCCCGAUUUAGAUCAAAACAUGGUACCUGCCGAGUAGCAGACUUAGUAAGCUUCAAUAUUGUACAUAGAGUAGGUUAAAUAUUCUAAUAAUACGAGUAUUAUAUAGACUUCGAAACUGUUAUACUAACUAAUUACGUAUAUUUGUUGUAUUGUUUUAUUUUUUAAUUAUCAAUUAUUAAGUAUUUAUUUUACUGUAUUUUUUAGUCUCAUUCGGCAUUACAAUGCUAGAACGCUAUACAACACAUAAUAUAUUAUAUUUACAUAUAGUAUAAAAGGAAUGUCAUCCAAUAUCGUUCUGAUUCAGUUGAUAAUUUUUUAUGAGCAUUCAUAUGUAUACCAUUUAUAAGAAAUGUCAAUGAAAAGUGAGAAAACAUAGUGAGAUUAUUGCUAGAGUGUAACUUCCUUAUAUGUACAUUGCUUCCGUUAACAGAUCUUCCGAGAGUGAGAAACUAACCAUUAGUUUCUAAAGUUUAGAUAUUAAUGAAUGAUUUUUAAUUAUUUCCUUGUUCCCAAGUCCCCAGUUUUGUAUGAUAUUUACAUACGCUGUAGGAUUGUGAUCCUCAGUUCAAUUUGAAUACAUAAUUGAAUAAUUCGAAAAAAAGAAAAGAAUUUUGAUAAUAAUGUGGAAUCUCUAAAUGUCAUCAUCAACGUUUUUAUUCAUAGCUUCAAAACUAAUAAUAAAACAAAAUAACUAAAAAAAAACAAAACAAAAAAAUCAAUAUUGUUGAUUGUCGAUUGAUUAGACUAGACGCCUCAUCUGGUUCAUCUAGUUACUUCCAUUGAUUUUUUUCAACAAAUUAUUAACAACAUAAGUAUUAAAUUAGAUAAGAACGUACAGUAAGCAAUUAAUUAAUAAUAUACAUAAAUAUUAAUAUAUACUCGUAAUCAGCUGAUUAAUAACUGCACUCUGCUGCCACACCCCCCUCCAAGAUGUAUAGACCCCAUAAUGUCCUAGCUACUCAAUUUGGUUGUUAUUUAGGCUUGCAGUCAAAACUAAGGGCGGGCGGCACUCAAGGUUGCUCGAUCGAUUAACAGUCGAUUAAGAAACAAUUAAUUAUUCUAUUUAGUAUUUAUUGUUUGCCAAUUUUGUACAUCCCACAAUCAAAAAUGCAGUAAAGCAAUUAACGUGGCUGAUAUCCUGAUCCCCAGUACAGGGUAUAUCCGAGUCGUUCUCAGUCGGACUCGACUCGGUUCGAUUCACAAUCAUCUUUGUUUUUCUUCGCAAUUAUUGUUCUUCUUGUUAUUGUUAUAAAGAAGAAAAAAGAUAAAAACGAAAAGCUAAAGUUAAACUACGGAAACUACGUAUUUCUGAAACAUUAAUCUUUAGAUCGACUCUUGAAGGCGGGGAAUCCCCCAAUGAAACGAAAGUGUUGUCACAUUAUUAUUAUUAUUACUGUAUUAUUAUUAUUAUUCGAAAAACAAAUUCGGCUAUAAUGAUUGCUUCACAUUAAUGUUUUGUAUAUUGUAUAAUAAUAUUGGAGCAUAAACUGAGUGUUUAUUAAAUUUUACAAGCGACUUUAACGAAAAAAAAAAAGAAAACUCAAAAGAAAUGUGAGCUUCGGAUAUCCGAUGACGUCGUGUUAAUUUGUUUACAAUUAUAAGGUAAACAUGGUGAUUAGAAAUUUUACACCUAGAUUGUACUCGUAUGUAAUUGUAAUUGCUACGCAAUUUGUUUUAAUCUUCCUUAUUUUUUAAAAAUAAAACAAUUCUAUUUUAUUUAGUAAUACACAAAAAAUAAAAAAUCC